CGGACGUCCGUCCAGUAGUUCAACGGUUUCAAUGCUCUUUUGCCAGAACUUGACGCCUUUUGUCGUGAUUUUAUUCCGGCCCAGACCAUGUCCCCUGCUGCUCACAUAGCGUUGAGGCUUUGCUCUGGCUUGCAGUCUGUCGCAGCUGAAAAUCACCUCACCCGUCCGUUUCAGUCAGCCAUGCGCAUGCUUGCCCCUAACCACGCCCGUUUACAUGCCGCUAUGUAAGUCACUAAGUGUAUGAAGGUCAUCCUAUCGAUGCCUGUAGGUCUCUUUUCCUUUCUCCAUCCUGUCGUUGCCUCCUCUGCAACCAUCACAUCAUGACGUCCAGCACAUCGUCCAAGUCCACGGUGCGAAUCUUGUCCGGCUUGCUCGUCCUCGCCCUUCUCUACAUCAUCUUUGUUCCUGCACACUCGGCGACGACGAAUGUCUCGCCGAUCAAGACCGGAGACCACGAAGCUUCACGACUGAACAUCGACGCAUCGUUUGUCAAGACCGCCGUAGACAAAGUCACACAAGCAGUCUCGGGAGAUUCGAAGACCGGCGCCGAUGCCAUUGAAGAGGAGGAAGCAUUGCAGGAAGUAGAGAGUGAUGAAGGCCUCGGAGAUAUUGCAGACGUCGGCGACCACAUCUCUGGCGGCAAAGAAGCUGUCGACGACGACCAAUUGACCCCCGAAGAGAAGGCCGUCCAAGACUACCACCAGGAACACGGCCAGAAUCAACCAACAAGAGACCGUCCGAAGGUUGCCGUCAAGCCAAACUCGAAGACAAGCUCGGCAGUAGCUGCAACAUCAACAGGUCCAAUCAUCGCAGAAAUCACCAUACCCGAAAUACGCCAUCACACCCAGAUCAAUGACGCCUCAGCCGCCGAACAUCUCAUCCUCGUCGUCACCCGUGAUGAGAGUCAUUGGGGCCAUGUAGAAGGCAAACCGCGCUCCUUUUCGUCUUUCCUCGAGUUCCUGAACGACACUUCCGGCCUGCCUCUCUCUUCAGUCUCGUUAGCCAUCCUCACAACCACCGAAGAGGCCUACACCCACUACGUCUCAACUCUCUCCUCCCACCCUCUCGCCAAAGCUCAAGUCCUUCUAUACACCCCUACCAUCCCAGAAGCCGAAGCCCCAGCAGACCGCCACGAUCCUUCCUUCCAACCCAUCCGCCGCAAGCAAAUCGCCCUGGCCAGAAACAUCCUCCUCCACCGUUCCUUAGCCGGCGAACAACACAUCUUCUUCUACGACGCAGAUAUCAUAUCCAGCACUCCCGAUAUCUGCACAGAAAUGCUUCACCAAGCCUCAACCCCCAAAAUCACAAAAUCGGAAAACGUCACUAUCCCGGAAGUCAUAUUACCAGUUGGCUUGAUUACCACACGCGCCCAAGAAAACUCCAACCCUGAUUACGAUCUCAACGCUUGGUACCAUUCCGGCACCUGUAACAUCCUCGGAUGA